AUGUCUGGCAACAUACGUGCAGCGUACUGUUCUCGCGAAUACGACAACGUCUAUUGCGUCGACGCCUCUCCUGGCACCGAACCAACGCUUAUAGUAUUGAGCCGCUCGGGGCCCUCCUCGACAUACGCGCAAACAGCCUCAGUUGAACUCAAGCUCCAAGAUCGCGACGAAAGGCUCGUGCCGCUGGCUGCUGUUAGGCGCGACUACGGCCUCAACGUCAUUUAUCAAGAUGGCGACGGCAAGAUACGAGAUUUCCGACUACUUGGCCUCACAGAAGUUCACAACUUCAUCAUUCCUUCGAUCCUGGUCUCCGGUCCCAACGAUCCUGUCGUCUCUGACGCCAGCCCGAAGUGGAUGACUUCGCUCACAGCUAUCUCGGUUCCCGAUCCAAAUGGACAAGAAGCCACGUAUGUCUUUUACUUGUCGCAUAAACUUCAAAUCUACUACGUUGUCGGGCGGCCUGCGCUCGGACAGAGUCAAAGUGGAAGCUCCGAAUUAAGCUGGAGCCAAUCGUACCCUGUAACUUCCGAAGUCAUUGACGCACAGACACGUCACUUAUCGGCUUUCGCCUGGACUGAGCACAACACGAACUGCAUCUGCGUUGCUUUCAACAAGUCCCCCGGUCACUUGCAACUCUACACCAUGCGCAUCCCGCAUGUUGCGCCGGGCCCUGCCCUUGCCACGUUUGAACUCGCGGUGGAUUAUAGGGGCAUCCCUCUCACCCGCGGGCCCUUCUCCCUCGUCCGGGCUCCUACCAGGGCCGGAACUCAGCUCGCUCAAGAUCAGUACAGACUCUACGCCCAAUAUGCCAAUGACCUGAACGAUAUCUUUGAGCUCCGUUUGUUCGUUACCCAGGGUCAGUAUGGUGUGCAAGAAGUGCGCCAGGCCCGAAUCAAGUUGUCCGAGGAUUCUGGCAGCGCAGCACCUGCUUCAGGAACACUCAUCAGCACCAUUUGUCGUGUGGUUGAUGCAACCACGUACACGUACAGUGUGAUGGUCAUCUAUACGACUAUAGACUGCAAGGUGGCAUAUGGGAUGGUUGAAGACACGAUCGUCCAGGUGGACAGCCAUCUUUCACCACCUCAGUCCGCUCACAGCGAUGGCGUUGACAAGACUUGCUCUUCUCCUAAGAAAGAUAGCGCCGGUGGCAAGCUGGAUAUCCUUCUCAUCCUCGAUGCGACGGGGAGCAUGCAGCCUUACAUCGACGAGGUGCGCCUCCGGCUUGGAGACAUCCUUGACGGUAUUGUGGCAUCUGGCAAGUUCGCGCUACCCAGCAUCCGCGUCGGCCUCAUCGGUUUUCGUGACCACGACCUGAACAAGCCGUUGGGCGACGAAUUCCUUGCACCGCGGUUAGCGCUUUCAUCUGACAUCAGUGCCGUGAAAUACGAAUUGUUGCGUUUACGUGCGGAUGGCGGCGGCGACGGUCCGGAGGCGCAGUCAGAUGCUUUGGCUGCCGCAGCUGUAGCUGGAUGGUCAGAUGACAGCGAAACCACGAAGGUCGCUAUCAUGAUUACCGACUCGCCUCCGCAUGGGAUUGGAGAGAGGGGAGACAAGCACCCCGUAUGUCCCAGGCAGAAGGAUGCUAUAUGCGCUGCAAAUAGCAUGGCAGACCAUGGCAUCACCCUUCAUGUCAUCGCCUGCGAACCCACUUUGAGCGACACGUAUAAAUAUGCACAUGACUUCUAUCGAGGACUCACGCAAAUCACUGGCGGCAAGAUGAUUCCCCUCUCCGUCUCCCAAGAGCUGUGCCAACUCAUCGUCGGUCAUAUAACUGAGACUGUCGACAUGCACGAGCUCGCAAUGAAGCACAAGUUCACCAUCGCUGAAGGCUUACGCUCGGGCGCGAGUCGCAAAACCGUUGAGGAGGCCCUGCUGAAGCAGCUAAACGCCGGCAGCGCUCAGAUACGCACCGUCGUGACCACCGAGAGCAUCUAUACGCCGCUCGAGAUCUCCGACUACAAUGCAGACAUCUGGGCGAACGCGGACAAGAUUGAGUCCUCUGUGACCAAACGAUUGAAGACGACCACUUCAUUCCGAGUGAAGGCGGAGUAUCGUGAAGGAGGGCCCAGCUACCAGAGGCCUAAGAAAUCAGAGCUUCGCCCUGAGAAUGUCACUUUCAAGCAGGCCGCAUCGGUCGUCUCCGCCGUUGCUAGGCUCAACAAGCUCAACAAGAAGUACUAG